AUGUGUGUGGUUAAAGGCUGGCAAAAGGUUUCCACUGGAAGAACAGCUCAUUGCAAUUCCUACUGGACGAACCAGAUUUCUGGAAUAAUCGAGACUCUACGUCACUGCACAUUGCGAAGAACCUUUUACAGUGAUUACCGAUCUCGCAACCUAUUCACAUACCCCACCUACCUCGGACACUUUACUCUUCUUUUGCAAACUAUAGGAAGAGUUUGA